AUGCCUCGUAGAAGACAGAAACAACGUUAUGAUCUUCAUCGCAGUUUUGAUAGUCUAAAGAAUUACUACAGAUUCCCACCAUUCCCGAGGCAUGCCCGUCAAGUCGUUUACUCUUUUCGUCUUGCCCCUUAUUCCCGCAGGAAUUCACUUUCGGAUUUUCGCAUGAUUGGAGCACCGCGGGAACAGCCGGUUUUGGAUGUUAUGCAAACAUACAAUACCACAGCUCCAACUCGACAGGUGUGUGAUCGUUUUUUUGAGGUGGCGACAUUGCUCUCCGUCUAUUACGAUACUCUUGACCUUCUACACCAGAUACCAAAAUAA